UUCCUCCCCGCCCCUUUACUUUUUCCGGGUACCCGUGAGUCCGUUGGGGGAGGGCAUCUCUCACCCUGGCUGAUAGUUCUGUGACCUGGGUCUACCUACUGAAGGAAUUCUGCUGGAAAAUGGAACACUGUACGUUUCUGGCUGGCGUGAUACUGGCUGUCCUUCUCUCCCAAGUGAGCCCCUACAACAUAAUCGUGGAGGAACUUGAGGACAAGGUGUUCCUGAAUUGCAAUACCAGUAUCAUUCUGGUAGAGGGAACGAGGGGAACACCAUUCCCACAUGAUAAAAUGUGGAACUUGGGAAAACGCAUCCUGGACCCACGAGGAGUGUAUCGGUGCAAGGGGACAGAUGAACAAGACGACAAAACACCUUAUAUGCAAGUAUAUUAUCGAAUGUGUCAGAACUGUGUGGAGCUGGACUCAGCCACCCUGGCUGGUAUCGUCAUCACUGACAUAAUCGCCACUCUGCUCUUUGCUUUGGGAGCUUAUUGCUUUGCUGGACAUGAGACUGGAAGGCUCUCUAAGGCUGCUGACUCUCAAGUUCUGUUGGAAAAUGACCAGCUCUAUCAGCCCCUUCGAGAUCGGAAUGAUGCUCAGUACAGUCAUCUUGGUGAAAACUGGCCUCGGAAGAAGUGAACCUGAGACCGGUGGUUUAUGGGAGUAUCGACUGUACCUUCUUCCCUUGCUCAGCCAAUAAAGAUGUCUUCUUCCACUCAGCAGGUGCCUGGACUUUUCAAGGCUCUUGGGCAAGGCAUGGGAGUUGUUCUGCCUUGGCUGGACCCUUGCCU